AUGUCCAAGUCGUGCAACGCGCUUCGGUCAACCAUCACUGCUCUACGGCGGCAGAUACGUAACAUGAGCAGCUUCUCGCCGGCCAGUCGUCUCCAUGGAACUAAACCCAGCAUCUGGGUGGAAUUCACGACUCUCGCUCGCGAAUGCGGAGCUGUAAAUCUUGGACAGGGCUUCCCAAAUGAACCAGUGCCCAAGUUUGUCACAGAUCUGCUGGGAAACGUUGCUGCUCAUAAUGAAGAAGUUCGCAUGGCAUCAAUACACUCAAGGACUAGGUCACCCUCGCCUCAUUAA